GUAUAAACUAGUACUACUUGUCAAUCACCAGAAAGAAAUCUCUUAAGAAACAAAAAGAGGAAAGCUGUAAGAUGACAUUGGGACUGAUAAAUGCAAAUCCAGUGGUUCACGCAAAGAAGGAAAGAAUUGCUCAUCCUCCUCAUCCCCAUGACGCCGCCGUUGAUCCUCUCGAUGUUUAUGAUUUUGUGAGGGAUAUAAGAGAUCCGGAGCAUCCAUAUUCUUUAGAGCAGCUGAGUGUACUCUCCGAGGAGUCCAUAACUGUUGAUGAGAAGCUCAGACACAUUCUGAUAACUUUCACCCCAACCAUUCAGCACUGUACCAUGACAACCGUCAUUGGCCUCUGUUUGAGAGAGAAGUUGAAGAAUUGCUUCCCUCCAAAUUUUAAGGUAGAUAUAAAAGUGGCUCCUGGAUCUCAUGCAGAUGAAGAGUCAGGAAAUGAAACCUUCAAUUGCUGCACUGAGACACGUCUUGGCAGAAUUGGACUUUAAUAAGCAGUUGAACGAUAAAGAACGGGUUGCUGCUGCCAUGGAGAAUCCAAAUCUUCGCCAGCUUGUUGACGAGUGUCUCUGUUCGAGUGAGCUUUAAAACAACUAUACCUUUAAUUUCCUAACAAAUUGUAUAGUAGGUCUACUUAUCUUAAGAUGUACCGCCUUCUUGUCUGGACAUGGAUUUGUAAUAUGAAAUUCAAUCACUCUGUAGAUGCCGAUUAAAAUAAUUGCAGUGUCCUCGAGUCCGAUGAAAGUAUGGCAUUGAUAAAGGGAUAUGCUUGCCUUUUAGACGUAAAUGUUUGUAAAAUUUACUCAAUGAUAAUGGUGCCUGCUUUGUGUGGCAAAAUGUUUAGAAUA